AUGAAGUGUAAAAACGAUUCAAUAGCGCAUAGUUUUGAAAAACUCUACCUAAAUUCAGAUUUGUCUGAUUUGACAUUCGAUAAUUUUGUGGAUGUAAUCAAUUUAUGUGAACGAUUUGAGCUAAAAGAAUGUGUUAACACUUGUGAAGUGACUAUACAGAGUGCAAUAACAAAUGACACCAUAUGCCAAGGUUAUAAAUUAGCACUAAUCCUGAAUUUGGAUAGCUUUAAACAAUUUUGUGCUAAAAAAAUCAAAGAAAAUGCCGCGGAAGUAUUGAAAUCGGACAGUUUUUUGAAUAGUGACCAAAAGCUAUUGGAUAAAAUUUUGAAGUUGAUUCCAUUCAGUUGUGAUGCAUCAGUGAUUGUAAAUGCCUGCAUGGAAUGGAGUAAGGCUGCUUGUGCACGUAACCGCUUGGAAAUAAAUUCAGAGAAUUUACGAACUCAAUUCGGGGACUCAUUCAAUCGAAUUCCAUUCGAUGAAUUGACCGUCGAAGAAUUCUCACAGCAACUGAUCACUUACAAACGAUUUUUUGUCACUGAAGAACUGGAACAAUUCAUUAAGAAAAUCGCUAUCAAUCCAAAGCAACACAUUUCAGCCUUACGCCCACAACCUACGAUGGAAAAUGGAAAUGAUGUAAUUAAAAAUCAGCUACUCGAAUGCAAACGACUCACCGACACGAAUUUUUUAAACGUUUGGAAACGUUUUAAUACAUUUACCGAUAUUUUUUACACAAACAAACCACUGCUGCUCACCGAAAUCCAUUUUGCAAAACUGCCGUAUACUGACAAAGUAUUGCAAUUCAAUUAUAUUCUGAGGUGUCCCACUACAGAUCAAUGGCUGGCCUCGGGAAAUGUCGACCAGUCAAAUGGACACGCAGUGAUUGAACAUCCAGUCGUCAUUGAAGCGCAUAAAAGAUAUGAAACCAUAUUAUAUACGAAAAAUAACACCGAGUUCAGUCUAAAUAUCAGAGCAUUGGAUGAUAAAAUUCGACUCGACGAUGACAUUGAAAUCAAUUUUCAACCAACCGAUUGUGUGGCAGUUACGAAGCUCGUUUUUCAAAGACCAUAA